AGACCCUGUCUCAAAAAAUAAAAUUAAACAAACAAAAAGUGCAAGUCCCACCUGGACAGUUUAGCAAGACCUUGUCUGAAAAUAAAAAAAUGAAAAGAUUGAGGAUGUAGCUCAGCCGUAGGGCACUCUGGGUCAGGUUCUAUCUCCAGGAUGGUGAAGGGGAGGAACCAGCUGCUGUGUAUGUGUGUUGAUCCCUUUAAACCGUUGCUGGGGAGGUUCUAGAACCCCUGGCUGUCUCACAGAGCCCCAGUCUCCCUACCCCCAGCCCUCUGGAGUCUCAGAAGCCCUGGGAGCUGGGAGCCGUUCUCUAGUGUGUGUGUCUGUGUAAGGUAGACUCGAAAGGGACCAGGCCGCAGAUGGGACUUUGCCCUGGAGGAGGGAGGUCUCUGGGACGGCAGGUUUCUCAGUUGUGAGGCUGUGGGGAAGUCUCAAAGUCCCCUACCGGAAGACUGGGGAAUGGCAGGAGGCGGAUCCCCAGGCAAGGUUGCUGAGGAAUAAGCCCGGGCUGUGGGGGGACCUGGACCUGGGGGAGAGGUCCGAUGGGGCCUCAGGUGUCAGCCAGCCCUGCCUCUGUGGCCCCGGCAGCGGCCUGCCUAGCAUGGGAAUGACACAAGGCCUUCGGGGUUGGGGCACUUCGCUCAGCUUCUUGGCCAGCGUCUUCACGAUCCUGUCCACGGUAACCAACAACUGGAUUCACCAUGAGAAGGCCCACAGUGGCCUGUGGCAAGAGGGCACCCAGGGCGGGUGCUCUGGCAUCUCCCACCAGCCAGCGAUUUCGGUGGCCGGGGUGUGCAUGGUGCUGGCAGGUGGCUUCGGCGUGCUGGCCACACUGAUGGGGUUACGCCUGUUGUAUCGCGCGGACGAGUCGCUGCGGAGCCAGACCACAACCGCCUUGCUCUUCCUCAGUGGGCUGCUGUUGCUGCUAGCGCUGAUCAGCUACUCGGCGGCGAGUGCGAGGAAGGAAGACGGCUUCUCCUGGUCCUAUUUUGCAGGGUGGCUGGCUUUACCAUUCUUUGUUCUCGCGGGCUGCUGCUUCCUGCUGGUGGACGUGAUCCUGCAGAGCGCGGAGGUCAUCGGCAACUUCCCAGUUUGCUUGUGAGCGCGCCAGCCCGGGGCGUAAUAAAAUGACGGCUCGGC